UUACGGGAAUAGGCCAAACAAGGAAGCGCGCGACGACCAGGUAUGCGGCGUGCGUGCCGCGCCGCGCUAUAAAAGGGGCCCGGCCGUUCGUCCGCAUUUCAUUCGCCACCAUGAAGUUCCUGCUGCUCACGCUGCUGCUCGUGCUGCUGUGCAGCGCACAGGUGCUCACGAUCAGAUGCUUCACCUGCGACAAUGCGGAGGACGACAUCUGCAAGACGGUGGUGGAGUGCGACGCGGCGGCCAUAUACUGCAAAGCCGUCACCACAGCUGACGGGAUCAUUCGGACUUGUGAGGAGCUCUGCGCCGACGACAACAACACAACCUGCUGCCAAGAGGACGAGUGCGAGGUCUGAGGCCGAGGUCUGAGGCCGAGGUCCGAGGUCGAGGUCCGAGGUCGAGGUCGAGGUCCGAGGUCGAGGUCCGAGGUCGAGGUCCGAGGUCGAGGUCUGAGGUCGAGGUCCGAGGCCGAGGUCCGAGGACGAGACUCUCACGUUCUGAUUAAUCGCAGACGUGCGGGGAGACGGUUUUCUCACCUAAAUGAUCCCAAAUAUGAAGAAAGAUGAUUCAAUGUGACUACCCUGCUCUCCAUUUUGGCCUUCUGUCUUUGAUUUGAAGAAUCUGAAUUAAAAUCCAUAAUGAGUU